AUGAUCUUCCCAUCUCUGGACGUAGAAGAGGAGAAAUUGUUGGGGUCACAGAGUGAAGUGGAGGAAUAUGUAGACGUUGCUGAGGAUGAACCCGUUCCGGAUGAAGGUUUCUCUUUGCAGUUGUCCCAGGACUCCGUUUCCCUCCCGUCAUCCAGCUCAGAGGAAUUCAGCAUCAUAGAUGUGGCCAGUGACCAGAAUCUCUUUCGGACUUUUCUGAAGGAGUGGCAGAACCAGAAGACCUUCUCUCUGUCAGUGGCCUGCGAGAAGAGGAUGCAACCGGCAUCUUCUCGGUCCUGUAUUGGAGGCAGGUUUAAGCCAGCUCGAUCAUCGAAGCAAAUACAAGGCAAUGAAGACGGCCUACCCAUGCAGGGCUGGGAUGAUGCCUUGCUGGUCGGUGUGGCUGUGUGCUGGGGAGGGAAGGAUGCCUAUUACCUGUCCUUACAGCGGGAGCAGGAUCAGUCAGACAUUAGCUCCAGCCUGGCCCCUCCUCCGUUGGAUCAGAAUCUCUCUGUGAAGGACCGGCUCUGGCACCUCCAGUCCACAUUGCAGCAGAAGGAAUCUCAAAGAACGGUCAUCAUGUAUAACUUCGUUGAGCAAUACAAGGCCCUCGUCCUGGGCUGCCGGGCCUCCAUCACAGGACACUUCCAGGACCCAAAGGUGGCCUGCUGGUUGCUGGACCCCGGCUCCAAGGAACGAACCAUUCACAACAUGGUGACAAACUUCCUGCCGCAUGAGCUCCCCUUGCUGGACGGAGUUGGAACUGGCCAAGGAGUUCAGAGCCUGGGACUCUGUGCUGGUGGUGACCAAUCAGGGCGCUACAGAGCAGCCAUAGAAUCGGUUCUCACCUUUGGCAUCAUGACCAAGCUGGACGGGCUUUUAGAAAGA